AUGCCUAUUGUCCCCGAGGGUGUCUUCGGCUCCGCUCUCGCCUCAAUGCAAAAGCGCUGCGAGGCGAAGAAACAGGAGGAUGAGGCUCUGCAGUUCUGCCUUCCGAGGAAAGCACCUGCCGCCGCGCACCCGGCCCCCCGGCAGACUUUCGCUCAGGUGGCCUCUAGGAGCGCUCAGGCCGGCAACGCAGACAAGACAUCUAGUCGGGCUCACAUGUCAGAAUGCUGCAGGAUAUCAUAGCAAGAUGUGACUCGUCUUUAUUCCUAAUCCAAAAGUGAACUGUGAAAAAGUAUUUACAGACAUAUCUUUGGAAAGCUAAGAUCCUUGUGUUUUGAUCAAUGAAAACUAUUUCAAGAUCCGAUCACCACAGCCGGUACAAUCAACGUCUCAGUCAGACCAACAGUAAAAAAAACGACAAAAAAACUGGAGAUUACUCACCUAGGACUUUUCAUCGUAAUGAACAGAACGAUAAUAUUCCAACCAAAAAGGGUAUUAUUAAAUUGCCAAAGGUCCGGACAAUCCAAUCCAGUAACAUAUUUAGUCCAAAACACAUUAUUACAUCAGAGAAUAGCCACAGACUGCAGACAUUUGCAUGUAACACAGAGGAUCUCUCGAUCUCAAAAUGGUGGCUAGCAGCUCCUGUUGGGUCAAGUGAGCUGUCAAUCUAGACUUGACCCCUAUUUUUCUGUGCUACUAUUAUCAAAUUUGAACUUUGGCUAGGUAGGGUUUCAUGCUGUGGUCCUAUUGUGUUUUCCAGCUCAUAAGUCCCAGCUAGAGUGAUCUGCAGGCAUCUUUUUCCAAAAAAGAUUCAGGCGGAAAUAAAAAGACCAUGUGUGGUAUGCCCCAAACUAUUUUAUUUAAUUACUUUAAUAGUAAUGUAAGAAAUGACAGCAGCACUCAGGUGGAACCUUUGGCACGGGAGCAGUUGCACCCCGGACUGUUUAUAUGGGGGACACGUCCACCCACAUGGCAGAUGCAGUCGUGAUGAAGAACUGAAUGGUCCGUGUAUUCAUUGCUGCUGCAUGCAACCUGUUUUCCACAGCUCUUUGGAUGUGGUUCAGUGGCCCAGGCGGUGCUCAGUAGAUGGGCUCUCGGGGGGGCCUCGACCAUCCACAUAGGCUUUGCCGUGGGAACAACGAUGGGCAUCUACACGUCAGCACCAGUGUCAGAUGCUUUGAUGUGGUACAGUGACAGGCAACUGUUGGUUACUUGUGCCAAUGCCACAGCCAACAUCUUUGCAACUUAUCCUGACGAAAAUCUCUCCCACCUGAAUGGAUUUGUGGAACAGGCCUUCUCAACUGGCAUUCUGGUCCUGUUUAUCCUGUCCAUCACUGACAAAAACAGUGGUGUCCCAAAAGGCAUCCAGCCUCUGCUCAUCGGCUCGGUCAUCCUGGGCAUCGGAGUGGCCAUGGGACUGAACUCCGUCUGUGCCCUCAACCCAGCCCGAGACUUCGGCCCACGAGUCUUCACAGCUGUGGCCGGCUGGGGAUCGGAUGUGUUCAGAGCUGGAGGCGGCUGGUGGUGGAUCCCUGUGGUCUGGCCCAUGGUUGGUGGAGCAGUGGCAGCCUGCAUUUACUUUCCCUUCAAUAAGUUUCACCGCCCAGAGCCGGAAAAACAGGAGGAGGACAACAUGAAUGAUAACCAUGAGUUAAAAAAAUCUUCCUCUAGAUCAGUUUUUUUUUUCCAUUUCUAACAUACAUUCACAGCUGAUUGUUUAAUACAAGGCAUGCAUAUCCAACAAUAUGAUGCAUGUAGAUCUAUAGUAUGCUGAUGUUAGUGGGGAUAUGUUGUCGGUUACAUAGGCAUCUAUAUAUUUGAGAUUAUAUUGUAGUGUAUUGAAUAUUCUGAAACAGCACAGUGUGACUGGUGAUUCAAUUUUCAGACAUAUUGCCAAACAGCAGUUAAAAAAUUGGGCCUAUGAUGUUUUUUACAGCCGGAUUUUAUCCCAUCACAUGUCAUUGUAUUUGGUUGUAAUUGGAUGUUAACUUUGGGUUUUUUCGGUUUUAUCUAUUUGAAGUAAUUUAAUUUAAAUCCAACACUGGAAUCCACUAACGGCACAAUGCUUUGUGUGGGAGUAAGAAGCUGUAGCCACAUUUCUUCAUAUCUGUUCAGUUGUGAAAAAACAUAGUUGCUGAAAAUCUUGUGGGCCUGAACAGUUAUAGCUCUGAUGUGUAUAGGUUUAUGUCAUUUAAGUUUCUAACAGAUACACUUUGUUCUAAAAAAAUGUGAUAUUAUCAUAAAAAUGUAAUUAAAAAAUGUAUUAAAAUGAACAGCUCUUCAGUCACAGCAUGCAAACAUUUAUUUUUUUACAUUUGGCAUUGUUCUGUGGUGAUUACAGAGCACGGGUGAUAAAGAGCACUUUUUUAAUUACA